AUGGCUUGGUGCAGAACUAAAGAAAUCAAUCCGAAGUCUCCCAGACCAGAAGAGGUGGCACAGUUCCUAGCUGACACUUUUUUAAAAGAGGGUCUGGCAUACAGUACGAUUUUGGUACAAAAAUCAGCUGUAGCAACAUUCUGUGGAAUGAAGGAUGACAUAUCCUCAAAUUUUCUCGUAAAGCAGAUACUUAAAGCUAUCCAUAAUUCUAAACCACCUAAUUUUAAAUCGUCGGUGUGGGAUGUAAAGCAAGUAGUAUACUGGUUGAAGCAAAAUCCAAAAGACGACUCACUAUUUGAAAUUGUAAGAAGGACUGCAACUAUCUUACUUUUGAGAUCUGGUCGUAGACUACACGACUUGACGUUAUUGAGGAAUAAAGAACCGUAUUUUACUGACACUGGGCGAGAGAUCUGCUUAUGGCCAGUAUUCGAAGCUAAAACUGAUAACGGUUCCAGGCGGCAGUCUGGUAGGAAGCUUCUUCCCAAUGAGGACAGUAACUUAUGUCCAGUGAAAUGGAUAAGACUCCUAAUUCAGGCAACUAAGGAAAGACGGACUGACAAAAUAGAUGGACAUUUUUUCAUUUCUAUCAGAGGUACUCCAAAACCUGCAUCCAGAACAAUGAUAGUUGGAUGGGUGCGCUCUGUAUUAAAGGAUGCUAGAAUAGAAGCUACUCCUGGUUCUUGCCGAUCUGCAGUAGCAUCCCUAGCCUGGCUUGAAAACAGACCAAUUGAAGAAAUUUUAGAGAGAGGCAAUUGGACAGCUGCUCAGACACUAAUGAAUCAUUAUUGCCGAGAGAUUAAUGCACAGGAACGCGAUAACGGAAAUUAUAUUUUAGACAAUUUUAAGCCUCUUUGA